UUGGUUUGUAAAAUGGAUCUAAAACAACAUAAAGUUGUAAAUAUGAAUGAAGACCAGGCGGAUUCUGGUUUGGAAUCAUGGAUCACACAAAUUAUGAAUGAAGAGACUAACGAUGAAGAUGCUGGCCAGUCACACGGUGUCAUGAUGCCCACAAAUGAAGACAUACACAACUCGGAUAGGGAAGAUGGUGAGUUCAUUCACAGUGAACACAACACUGAUUCGGAAUCUGGUAAUGAAAAGCAACCUGAGGCACCUGCGACCGAUGAUUUUCUUUUUCUGGCAGCACAAAAUCUUAUGCAGCCAAAAUAA